AGGUAAUCCGGAUGUGGGGGAGUGAGAGGCCGGCCAGCCGGACACAACAAUGGCGGCGGCGCCCAGCCAGGACCUCCCUCCCAGGGGCGGCUAUGCUCCCAUAACCUUCGCCAGGAUCCCUGCCAGGUCCUACUUCUCAGGCUAUCAGCUGUUUGCAGGCUAUGCAGUUGUGACAUCUAUUGCUGCCUACUUCUACUACAAAACAUACAAGAAGAUUAAGAUACGUGAAAUUGAAAAGAGGAGUGGAGAUCUAGCCAUUGAACCACUACUGCUGGCCGAGAGAGAUCGCGAAUUCCUCAAGCAGAUGAGACGCAACCGUGACGAAGAGGCAAAACUGAUGGCCAAUGUUGAAGGCUGGGAGGUGGGGAAAUAUUACAGUGAACCCAUCUUCAAAACCGUAUCUGACAAGCGCUAUAUUGACCCUGUUGUCCAAGAGUACUACAUUCAUGGACCCUCAUCCAACUACACUUUUGGUCCCUACUUUUCCCUCUUCACUUGAGCAGUGACUGAUGGAAUCAAAAUUUGUGGUACUACUGCAGCCCUCUGGAUAACUGCUUAAAUUUGUAGGUUUCGCAUAUCUAGUUUGAAAGUGUACAUACGAUGUAGUAUGCACAUACCUGCAUCAUGCAAAUAAAUUUGUCAUAUGUUGAAAUGUGCAUACUAACAGUAAUAGAAAAUUUAAUGGUAAAA